GAGCGACGUUAAAUUUUUUUCAUCUCCAAUCCCGUAACGCCCGAUAAUUAAUUGCAGCUGCUGAUUUAAUACAUGCUAUACUAUCCCGUUUUAUAACGUCACAGCUAGAGCAACGACCACCAUCUUUGUAGAAAGCCCUGGCGCCCGACGGUGCCGUACCUAUCGAUAUGCCAAAAUCAAGGGUCCCGGACGCCUGGGAUGAUGACGAUUGGGAGACCCAAGCUGAUAGAAUUAUACCGGAGGAAGUCACAUCGCCAGGACCACAGGUACCGUUGACCAAGGCGGCACGGCAAGCCGAGCACCAGGCUGCCAACCGCAAGCUUUGGGAGGAAGCCAGCGAAACCAAAGAGACAUUCCAUUACUUAGAGGCCACGAAUAAUGUCCCUCUGUCUACAAAUUUCAAGCCACAAGUCAAGGUUCUAAGUCGCAAACCCGUCAUCGCGAAGCGGGAAACAUUGUCUGGCAUGGACCAGCUUGCACUUGACGACGGUGGUGAUGAGAACAACAAACAGCCGACCCUAUCUGCAGAAGAGAUUCGAGCCAAGCAAAAGCGUGAUCGUGAAGAAAAGCAACGCAAAUAUGACGAGGCGCGCGCAAAAAUCUUUGGCGAAUCAGUCCCUUCAUCGAGAGGAUCUUCACCGAGAAUGGGCACCACGACACCGCCAAGGGUCGAUGGCCGAGGGAAUCAGCGAGGGGUAAGAGGCCGAGGUGGAGGUCAAAAUGCGAAGGUUCUCGGCUCUAAUACCAGCAAACCCGCAAAUACGGAAGAAUUUGAGCCUCGGCGGCAAGAGUUGGUGCAGGCUGGUACAACGAGAGAGCUUUACGAUCCCAACUACGCAACGAAAAGCGACACAAUGCCAAAGAGGGAGGAUGGUUACACAUCACCACGAUAUCAGCAUGAUCAUACACCAAUACGUACCCCCCGGGGUCCUGAUGGUAGUGGGCGAGGAGGUUUUGGGUUUACACGCCGCGGGGAUUGAAUCUUCAGAGAAGAGUAGUAUUGAACGCUGUGUGUUCAAAACGCCAUCUCAUGCAAUAAUGUUUAUAUAUACAUACAUCUACCAACCACCACCAAUUUUGCCAGCCAGCUGAACGACACGCUCAGUGUCAGUAGCUCCUUUACCAACAUCGCUAAUGACUUCGCGGAACGUUGUAAACACGAGUUUGUCCAACUCAAUGCCUGUCAGCCUGGACCAGUGUUUCAGGAUAUCAUUUAUGUACAAGGAAGAUAUUCCUCCAACCGCGUUUUGGGAAGCAGGGCCUUCAUCAAUCAUCAUCUCAUCAGCCGAAAAGUACGCCUCAUCUACCUCAGCUAGCCAUUCUUUCUGCUCCUGGGGGCCGGGUUUGCCAACGAUGCCUUUACGCUGCAUGAUCAGGUCAUCAUCAACUUUGAUCUGACCGCCACCAUUUGUGCAACCGCCGGGACACGCCAUCACUUCAACAUAGCUGUAUUCCAGUGACGCAGUUUUUCCUGUUGGCCUGCGUGCGCUGCCGAAAGGUUUUCCUCCAGGCAUCCGAGACGGUCGCGCAGGCUUUAAACGACGGACAAGAUUUUGAAUAUUACGGAAGCCGUAGUAGCGAGCAGCCUUGAAUAUCGGCUCACCGUUGACGUCAAUAACGUAUUCUACAACGUCAGCGUUUCGUCCGCGGUUGAUCUGGAUAUUAGCCCCCGGUGUAAGAGCUGCUUUGCUCUGCAAGAUAUAGUAGAGUAGUCCACCAGAAGACCCUGCAACAGUUGAGGGACUCGAAGCAGGGUUAGAAUUGAAUAAUAAGUCGUGUAGCUUGGAAUCUGGAAAUGUAGGCGUCGGUGGGAUUGUAGAUACGUCGCUAGAAAGGUCAAAGAAAUUGAGCCCGCGACUGUUGGCCAGCAUCAAGAUCUCCUUGCUUGUUAUAACACAGUCAACAUCCCGAACACCUCGACCGGGUAGUCCAGAUGCGGCCCAGGUCUGAUCUGUUAAUUCUUCUCUGCUAGCCUCCAGUUUCUUAUCGAAGCACGGCAUGACAGCAACAUGCCAGAUUCUGCUUGGAGGAAUACCGAGCUUUGCGCUAAGAGACGUUUUCACAAGCGUGCCCAUCAAGGCCUGUGGUGAUUUGACUUUUGAUAAAUGUGGCAGGACAUGAGGAUGUGUCUUCUCAGCAUAGCACACCCAGCCAGGACACGACGACGCUAGGAUUGGCUGCGCAGGCGUCGCUAUUUGCCUUGGCGUUGAGCCAAGAACUUCCUCGGCACCAAGCACAAGAGUAGCCUCUCUGGCGAUAUUUGUAUCCAGAACCCAUGUGAAGCCAUUGUUCCACUUGCCGCCUUGCAUCACACCAUCAGGUCCUCGGAGGAGGUUUUCCACCAUAUGGCCAGCCUGCUUUGCGGAUACGCCUGGGCCACACGCAGCAGCUAAGUUUGCUCUCGUUUGUGGGCUUACGCUGGCCACAAAAAGUUUUGAGUCUUCAUUCUCCAACCCAGCAAUUGAGUACUCCCCAGUUGCGUCAGGGCCAAUGAGUCGCAACGCUGGCGCGGCGUCCAGCGUAUUCAGAACUUCAGCAUGGCUCUGGAGACUGACAAGUACAGCUUCAGCAGAUGUGACGCAGCCGGAGCAUGCCAAGCAGUCGGUAAGACUGAUCUCAGCUGGGCCGACCGCCGGUUGUAUCGAUGCGGGGUGUUGGCCGUCAAGGAUAACUUCUGUUUCGUUGGAUAGUUCGGCCGGGGCGGCGGGUAGCGUUUCGAUGGGCUUGAUGCAGGCAACGCCGGGGGAUAUGAAGUCGUUGAGGUCUUCUGUCGAGAGAAUGGCCGACAUGGUUAUUUGCGCUGCGCGCCGUUGUGCAAGCGUACUUGGCGUAGAAUCAGUACGAAAAGCCUAAGCAAUAUCUGUACAUCCGCUUUUGGAGGGGCAGUGAUCGGAGGGGGUGUGGGAACGAUGGCGAGAAGUACGGCGAGGAUGUGAGAGCAGGGUUCUUGCGCAAUAUUGACGUGUUCUCUAUUUAUAAUUAACGCCGUGUAGAUUUUUCGAGGAUUAUGAUGAGUAGGUAGCGUGUUCCGUCAAGGUUGGUAGCGAUGCUUAAUAAAUGGUGGCGUGCCCAGUCUCCAAAAAAAGUCGGACCGCCACACUAAUCAGCACCGGGCGAUUGAAAAUAGGACUGAUAGCGCCCAUUACGGCCUGCGAAAUCGGCCCCGGUCACAUGCUACUGGGCUUACCAAUGG